UGACGUUGUGCGCGUUCAAGCGAUGCUUUGUUUAUUAUUUAUCUGUCCUGCAUUUAAAAAAAUUGAUAAAACAGUGAGAUAGACGAGUGCAAAAAACGCGAAUUAAUUUUCGCGUACGUUCUGGCCGUCGAUGUGUUGCUCAUUAUUGUGCUUGUUGUGGGUGUAGAUUCUAAAUCGAGUGUUUUCCGUCGGACGAGAAAAUUUUCCAGUUCCAUCAAAGGCAGAGGUGUGGCCUCUGAUCCGUGAGUAGGAUUCAAGAGAACCGUGCCAUCGUGAUGGAUGACGUGGUGGACACGGCCGGAUUCGAGGAGUUGAGCGACAAAAACGAAAUCAUCGCUAAAUAUCUGGAACAACUAAAUCAGCUGAAAGAGUUGGCCGCCAGCCGGGGACGGAUAAACGAGGCGGAGUUCAAUAACUACCUGGUCCGGAACUACUUCCACAACAACAACAUCAUCAACUACAUAUUCGACAAGCACACCAGUCGGAUCCUGCUCAAAACGGUCAUUGACCGGAAGAAAAAAAUUAUCAACUUCAUCUUCGUACUGCUGACGUUGUUUAUUGUGUUCUCGUACAAACAUGAAGUGUCGACGGUGGUGCUUCGCAAUAUCCAGAGCUUUAUCUAUCCGGGGAUGCGAGUGUGGCGCAAGGUGACGGUGCCGAUCAUUGCCAACUAUCCUUCGCUGACGGAGCUGUACGACGAAAGCUGCCUGCUAACGAAUCCGUACUUCCAAGUGGAGAACCUGAACUGCGAUCCGUGCGCGGACGUGGCCAACGUGCUGGAUCUGACCAACGUCGACCAGGUGGCGGUGAAUUAUCCGUAUAUUUUUAAGACACAGAAGGAGCUGGUCGACAUCAACCGGUUGCAGAUGUUGUACGAACAGCACCGUGCCAUUUUUGCCAAGGAUGCGUACAAAAUCCAGUCAACGCAUCCCGAAAUCCGCAACCUGGACGAUCUGUUUCGACAGUUUGUCAACGCUAGUCAGCAAGUGGAGAGCCAUAGCGUUUGGCGCUGCAAUCGGAUGGCCCCGGCCCGAUUGCUGAGGUCGAUCUUCCCCCGGCCGUCUCGGCUUCCAUCGACGGGGGUAAGCCUGGAGCGGUACCUAAUAGUGGACACUCCACAGGCCCUGCCGUACCGCAUCCCGGAUGCCGAGUGUGCCAACAUGUUCAUCAUCCAGGGCUACGGCAGCCGGACGUUUCUACUUAGGCCCACGCAGGAGUGUCGGCACCGGUGCCGAACGUUGUCGGUGCGGUUGCCUGCCAGCUACGGGUUGAUCUACAACUGGUGGUACUGGAAGCCGAUCUCGCUGCCGGAGCAGUACGCCAAAACGCCCUCCGUGAGUUACAUCGGAUCGUACUGCUGAACGGGACCCAAUCCAGCUGCAAUGAAUGAGACGCCAUCUCACCGAAGCCAAAAUGCAUUCAGAGAAACCGAGGAAAGUCAGAAACUUGAACAUUGACUGAGGGCAGCGAAACAUAUUUAAUCCUCCUAACAAGAACUGCUCAGCUCAGCGGAGAACCAAUUUAAGUGUUGUGACCCCGAGUACACCAAAAGUGUUAUUUUUGUAAGUAUAUUUCAUUCUUAUGUUGAUUGUUUUGCCGAAUUUACUCUGAGAUUAGCCCCCGAUAUUAGUCAGGUAGCGUUGUUGUGUGUAACGUUUCAGGAACAGUUUGGGCAUUUUUAUGUUGAAUGUUUUCUAUGUGUAAUGUAUAAAGUAUUGUAAAUGAAUAAGUAGACAGCGA